AGGGCCUCGGCCUCCCCCAGGGACGGCGGUCGACGGCCAGGCCGGGCCAGGCCCCCAGGACCGGGCCGGCCUUGAGGGCGACCACCACCUCUAGGAUGACAUCCUCAGUGCUGCUCUCCGGCGACGGCGGCUGAGCGUCACCCAGCAGCCAUGGCCAUGACCAUGACCAUGACCAUGGAGGGCGCCGUGCUGGAGGCCGGCGACGUGGACGCCGUCCUCGGCACGCCGUCGGCGGCCUCGCUCGUCUUCAACCUCACGGCCAACGUCACCGAGAUCAACUGCGAGCAGGGCAUGCCCGACGUGUUCAGCGGCGCCGGCAGGGUCGUGGUCUACCUCAUGUACAUCACCGUGUUCUGCGUGGCGCUGGUGGGCAACGGGCUGGUGGUGUACGUGGUGGCGGGGUCGCCGCGCAUGCGCUCCACCACCAACUACUGGCUGCUCAACCUGGCCGUGGGGGACAUGCUCAUGACCCUCGUGUGCGUGCCCUUCUCCUUCGUGUCCACCUUCCUGCUGCAGUACUGGCCCUUCGGCGCCUGGAUGUGCCCCGUCGUCAACUACUCGCAGGCCGUGUCCGUGAUGGUGUCCGCCUACACGCUGGUGGCCAUCUCCGCCGACCGCUACGUGGCCAUCCUGCGUCCGCUGCGGCCGCGCCUGUCCACGGGCCAGCUGUGCUGCGUGCUGGCGGUGGUGUGGGCCGGCGCCGCGCUCACCGCCCUGCCGGUGCUGCUGCGCUCCGAGCUGGACCAGCCCAGCCCCGAGUACCGCACCUGCGACCGCGCCGUCUGCGCCGAGCGCUGGGACGAGCCGCGGUUCAAGUACUUCUACAGCAUGCUGCUGAUGGCGCUGCAGUACUUGGUGCCGCUGCUGGUGCUCAUGUUCACGUACACCAGGAUCGCCCUGGUGGUGUGGGGCAAGCGGACGCCCGGCGAGGCGCACAACAUCCGCGACCAGCGCAUGGCCGUGGCCAAGAGAAAGAUGAUCAAGAUGAUGGUGACGGUGGUACUCGUGUUCACCAUUUGCUGGCUGCCGCUCAACACGCUGCUCGUGACGUGGGACAACGACCAGACCGUGGGCACGUGGUCGCUCAUCCCCUACGUGUACCUGGCCUGCCACUGGCUGGCCAUGUCGCACUGCUGCGCCAACCCGCUCAUCUACUGCUGGAUGAACUCCCGCUUCCGCCAGGGCUUCCGGCAGGCGCUGGCCCGCCUGUGCUGCGGCCGGUGCGGCGCGCUGGGCAUGGGCAUGGGCCCCAUGGGGCUGCACGGCGCCCCCGGCUGCGGCGGCACGCUCUCCAUGGCCAGGGGCAACACCAUGACGUCGUACGUGUCCGUGCGCAGGCACAAGUCCCAGGCCGCCAUCCCCCUGGUGCGCACCGCCCUGAGCAACGGCCACCAGCAGCAGCAGCAGCAGCAACAGCAGGACAACGGCAACGGCAAGCUCAUCAGCAACGGCUACCGCGACCAGCAGUUCUAGGCGGCGCUCUCGGAAUCUCAGGCGGCUCCCCUCCCCGUCGGGCGCGUGGGUCAUUCCCCCAACCCUCUCGUCGCCUCGUCCUCGCCGAGUGUCAGUGCUGUCGGGGACUAGCCUCCCCGCAGGCCGUCCUGGAGGCGAGCGAACUAUCGGACUGUGCGGGCUCCAAGGCCACGCCGAGCGGGAAGGCCCGGGUUCGAAACCCGUCGGUGUGAGUCAUUCACCUCUAGUGCAAUAUUGAAGACAGAGAGGCGAUCCAUUGACCUGAACACGGCUUGUGAAGCUUGGCUUGCCUUAAGACAGACGAAAGCCAUUUCCCCAGGCCUGGGUGUCUGUCUCUUUCCAUUUCUCUUUUUUCAUUCUGUUCUCUGUGAAUUAAAACUAAGCUAGAUAGAAACAAGACAUAAAGUUUUACACAUAGUUCUUUAUAAAUAAUAUGUUAAGAAAGAUGCUCCCAUGAAAUAUCUGCUUGAGUGUCAUUUCAUUGAUUCAUUAAAGGAGUCAUAUCUCAUGGUUGUUAAUAAAGAUUAUGCGAACAUCGAAAAUACUGUUAUGAACAUGGAUGUUUUAUGUAGGAAGGUAUUUUUAAAUUGGAAAAAAAAAAUUAUUGCAUGGUUUUGAGAGCUUUUGGUGUCCUUAUUUUGUUUAAAGAUAUCUCUUCAUUUGAAGAUGAAUAUUACUACAUUUAUGCAUAAGUUUGUAGAUUAAUCUCGUGUGGACAAAAAAACAAGCUUCUCUCUUUUCUUAUUUUGAAUGUAGCUUUAAAGUAGCAACACCGACACCCUUGCCCUUGAAAGCAAAAUCUUUAACAAAGAGGUAGAGUAUUAGUGUGGUACUCCAUAUAGAGCUAGAGUUAGUAGUGUAGUUGUGAUGGUGAAUCUUUAAUAGUUGGAGUCUCACUUGGGCUUUUCUUGAAAUAAAAAUAGUCCAUGUAUGUAAAUUG